AGAGCUGCCACCCGAGUCAAGAAGCGGCCAGUGCCAUCGCCGGGUGGGCUUGGCAGUGGCCAUGUGCUGCCAUGGCCAGGUCUGAGAGCCCGCCAGAGAAGAAGUCGAAGAAGAGGAGGAGCGAAAGCGGCCCUCGCGACAAGAAGUCCAAGAGGAAGAAGAGGAGCUCCAGCGCACACGAGCCGGAGGCUGAGGCUGAGGCGCCUGAGGCUCGGGGCCCGAAGCUCGCCUUCCGCUUCGCGGAGCGAGGUGCAGGAGGGGCAGAGGUGCUUCAGACGGUGAAACGCCGGCGGCCCAAAGAGGAGGAGCUCCGGCGCCGCAGCUUCACCGUGGAGGAGCUGGCGGCCCUGGCGGCCCUGGCAGGACACGGCUUGCAGGCAGUGAAGGCCCAGGCGGAGGGCCGGGGCCCUGCGGCCGCAUUGGCCUUGGCACUGAAUGGCUCGCGGAAGCUGGGCCUUGCGGAGAAGGUGUUGCUGAAGGCUGUCCUCGAGCCUGCGGAGCCGGACGAGCCCCUGAGCCCAGGUCCGGAGCUGAUCAAGGCUUUUGGCCUCGUGCCACAGCCACGAGAGAAGCAGGCGGCGCCGGGAGUGCCGCCGCCGCCCGCGGGCUCCUCGUCCGCCUUCACGCUGCCGCCGCCCCCUCCGGGACAGGCGGAGGCGGCCGCGGCCGCCGCAGCCACCGCCACCAGGAAGCGCACUGUGCCCCUGGACGAGUGGCCUGCGCCCACGCCAGAAGCGGUGCAGCAAAUGCUCGGCAGAUUCCCGCAGUUGGAUGGCCACUGCCGCGGCUCCCUGAUGAACCUCCCGCCGCAGUUCGCGUUGGCCAUCCUCUGGGACAUGGAUGCCAAGGGCGGACCGGAGGAGAUCCGGGACCCCCAGGGCUUCGUGUUCAGCGCGGCGCAGAUGCUGCUGCGGCUCCCAGUGGGCACAGCUAUGACGGUGCCACCCAUGCCGGUGGCCGUGCCACCAGUGCCAAGUGUGCCGCCCUUUGCUGGGCCAAUGCCGGUGCCCAACGUCUUCGCGUGGGGCGAAGAGCCAUUCGUGCCGGGCAAAACGCGUCGCCCCGAGCUUUACAUGGGGGUUGAUCAAAAGCUCCGUAAGACAUGGGUCAUAGGACGCCAGCCAUCUUGA